CUUCAUUACCCCUUUGACUCCCACCCCCUGGAACCCCCAUCCCAGCUCCUGUUGGCAAAGCCUCAGACACCAACCUUGACUGGCCUUUCUCUAGUCAUGUUCCCACUCCACUGACCAAUUACAGAGCCAGGAGUGUAAGAUUCUGCGAUAGAUCCAGCUUGGGUGACAUGCUACAUAGUCUCUGAAGCCAGGAUGCUACAACCGGCAACCCCAGCUAGAUGCAUGUGCCUGGAGUCAGGGAAGAGCAGUUCCUCUGCCAGAAGGAAACACGUUGACCAGAAGAAGAGAAGGAGAGGUGGUUGAUAAAAUAGCGUGCACAGGUGACUCACACCUGUCUGGUCAUCAUAUUCUAAGUUAUUGGCCACCAUGACUUAUUCAGAGAUGGGUUCAUGACACAAAGGAGACAGAAGAGAAGAAGACACAGACACAGAGGGGAAGUCCAUGUGAAGAUGGCGGCAGAGACUGGAGCCACCAGAAGCUGAAUGAGGUCGCCUUCUUACUUGGAAACUGAAGGGACUGCGACGGAAACCAAUUUACUGUUUUUCAGGUGUACUUCUCUGAAGUAAGAUGAUUUGUCCAAAAUUCUGUGUGGCUUUGUUACAUUGGGAAUUUACAUGUGUGAUUACUGCAUUUCAUUUGGCAUAUCCAAUUACUCCCUGGAAAUUUAAGUUGUCUUGCAUGCUGCCAAAUACAACAUAUGACUUCCUCUUGCCUGCUGGAAUCUCAAAGAACACUUCAGAUUUGAAUGGACAUUAUGAGGCAGUUGUUGAGACUAAACUUAAUUCAAGUGGUACCUACUUAUCUAACUUAUCAUCCAAAACAACUUUCCACUGUUGCUUUUGGAGCGAGGAAGAUAAAAACUGCUCUGUAUAUGCAGACAACAUUGAAGGGAAGGCAUUUGUUUCAACAGUAAAUUCUUUAGUUUUUCAACAGAUAGGUGCAAACUGGAACAUACAGUGCUGGUUGAAAGAGGACUUGAAAUUAUUCAUCUGUUACAUGGAGUCAUUAUUUAAGAAUCCUUUCAAGAAUUAUGACCUUGAGGUCCAUCUUUUAUAUCUUCUGCUUGAAGUAUCAGAAGAGUCACCUCUGCUCCCCAAGAAAAGCAGUUUUCAGAUUGUUCAGUGCAACUGCAGUGUUCAUGAAUGUUGUGAAUGUCAUGUGCCCGUGCCCACAACCAAGUUCAAUUGCACUCUUCUUAUGUAUUUGAAAAUCACAUCUGGUGGAGUAAUUUUUCACUCACCUCCAAUGUCAGUUCAGCCCAUUAAUGUUGUGAAGCCUGAUCCACCAUUAGGUCUGCGUAUGAAAAUCACAGACAUUGGUAGUUUAAAGAUUUCUUGGUCCAGCCCAACUUUGGUACCAUUUCCACUUCAAUAUCAAGUGAAAUAUUCAGAGAAUUCUACAAAAAAUAUGAGAAAAGCUGAUGAGAUUGUCUCAGCUACAUCUCUGCUAGUAGACAGCGUGCUUCCUGGGUCUUCAUAUGAGGUUCAGGUGAGGAGCAAGAGACUGGAUGGCCCAGGAAUCUGGAGUGACUGGAGCAACACCCUUACCUUCACCACACAAGAUGUUAUAUACUUUCCACCUAAAAUUCUGACAACUGUUGGAUCUAAUGUUUCUUUUCACUGCAUCUAUAAAAAUGAAAACAAGAUUGUUUCCUCAAAAAAGAUUGUUUGGUGGAUGAAUUUAGCUGAGAAAAUUCCUCAAAGCCAGUAUGAUGUAGUGGGUGACUAUGUUAGCAAAGUUACUUUUCCCAAUUUGAAUGCAACCAAACCCCGAGGAAAGUUCACCUAUGACGCAGUGUACUGCUGCAAUGAACACGAGUGCCACCAUCGCUAUGCUGAGUUAUAUGUGAUUGAUGUCAAUAUCAAUAUAUCAUGUGAAACUGAUGGGUACUUAACUAAAAUGACUUGCAGAUGGUCACCCAAUGCAAUCCAAUCACUUGUGGGAAGCACUUUGCAGUUGAGGUAUCAUAGGAGCAGCCUUUACUGUUCUGAUGUUCCAUCUACUUAUCCCAUAUCUGAACCCAAAGAUUGCCACUUGCAGAGAGAUGGUUUUUAUGAGUGCAUAUUUCAGCCAAUCUUCCUAUUAUCCGGCUAUACAAUGUGGAUUAGAAUUAAUCACUCGUUGGGUUCACUGGACUCUCCACCAACAUGUGUCAUUCCUGAUUCUGUGGUGAAACCACUGCCUCCAUCCAAUGUGAAAGCAGAAAUUACUGUAAAAAUUGGAUUAUUGAAAAUAUCUUGGGAGAAGCCAGUCUUUCCAGAGAAUAAUCUUCAGUUCCAGAUUCGCUAUGGUUUAAGUGGAAAAGAAGUACAAUGGAAGGUAUUUGAGGUGUAUGAUGCAAAAUUAAAAUCUGCCAGUCUCCCGGUGCCAGACCUGUGUGUAGUCUAUGCUGUUCAGGUGCGCUGUAAGAGGCUAGAUGGCCUGGGAUACUGGAGUAAUUGGAGCACUCCAGCCUACACAGUGGUCACAGAUAUAAAAGUUCCUGUCAGAGGACCUGAAUUUUGGAGAAUAAUUAAUGAAGACGACACUAAAAAAGAGAGAAAUGUCACUCUGCUUUGGAAGCCCCUGAUGAAAAAUGACUCAUUGUGCAGUGUGAGAAGAUACGUGGUGAAACAUCAUACUUCCCACCGUGGAACAUGGUCAGAAGAUGUGGGAAAUCACACUAAAUUCACUUUCCUUUGGACAGAGCAAGCACAUUCUGUUACCGUCCUGGCUGUCAAUUCAAUUGGUGCUUCAUCUGCAAAUUUUAAUUUAACCUUCUCAUGGCCUAUGAGCAAAGUAAAUAUCGUGCAGUCACUCAGUGCUUAUCCUUUAAACAGCAGUUGUGUAAUUCUUUCCUGGAUGCUGUCACCCAGUGAUUACAAUCUGAUGUAUUUUAUUCUCGAGUGGAAAAUUCUUAAUGAAGACAAUGAAAUUAAAUGGCUUAGAAUCCCCUCCUCUGUUAAGAAGUAUUAUGUCCACGAUCAUUUUAUCCCCAUUGAGAAGUAUCAGUUCAGUCUUUACCCAGUAUUUAUGGAGGGAGUGGGGACACCGAAGAUACUUGAUAGUUUCACCCAAGAUAAUGAAAAACACCAGCGUGAUGCAGGUCUAUAUGUAAUUGUACCCAUAAUUAUUUCCUCUUCAGUCUUAUUGCUUGGAACAUUGUUAAUAUCACACCAAAGGAUGAAAAAGCUGUUUUGGGAAGAUGUUCCAAAUCCCAAGAAUUGUUCCUGGGCACAAGGACUUAAUUUUCAGAAGAGAAUGGACAUUCUUUGAAGUCUAAUCAUGGUCACUACAGAUGAACCCAAUCUACCAACUUCCCAACAUUCUAUAGAGUAUUAGAAGAUUUUUACAUUUUGAAGAAGGGGAGACAAUCUAAAAAAUUUUGAUGGAACUAUUGAGAACUAAAAUACGGUGGAUUACGUUGAUAUAGAACUUAAAAUAGAUGGGAAAAUUGGGGUCAAGAUAUACUUUUGAGUCUAAUUCAGUUUGCAUGUAUGAUUACUUUUCAAGUCAUCUAAAGUUUAAGAAGUAAUAUUUAUGAUCUGGCUUUUGAUUUGUCAUUUGUUUGGUUAUAGAACAUUAAAGAAUUAUGACUGUUGCUCUUACCACACAUCUAUUAGAUAUCAUCAAAUAUAUAGUAGACUAUGCUGUAACUAGGUGAAAACUGCAACUUCUGACACAUAGCUUUGUCAGUAAAAUGGUUCUAAGUAUAGAAUGCAGUAAAAGUAUUUGGUUCAUAUUUUUAUGUCCAAAAUUUUCCAUUUUAUAUUCUUUUAGACACAUCAGCCUAUAAACUGACCCAUUUGGGUAUUCUUUUGAAUGUCUUGUAUUGAUAGCUUUUAUGUAUAUCUAACAUUAAUCAAUAUGGGGAUUUUCAUUUUCAAUAGCCUUAAAAGUGGCUUAAGUGCUAACUUCCAUUUCAGUUCAAAGAAAGACAGUUUGUUCUGGCCAAAGGCCAAUAGAAGUUACAGUUCAUUUCAGGGUAACCCAACAUAUCCAGCUCAGAUUGACCCAAUCAGAAAACACAUCAGCCUCCAAUUCAGCCUCCUCAUGAAAUUCUUGACUAAAUUUAAUUUAUUUACACUGAACCACCCAGAGCUUCUGGCAGGCAGGGAAGGGGGCAGUGAUGCAAAAAGGGAGACUCCUCGGAGCUUUUAGAACUAGUUCAAGGCAAACACAGGACUUUUCUACCUGAAAAGAAGACCACCCGCUAUUUCUAUGAAUUUAACUUGUGUGCUAUGCUGGUCAUUUUCAAAAUAAACCAAAGCCUGUGUCUGAUGAACCCAAUGAUACUCAGACUUAGGAUGUAUGUGUAUUACUUACAUUUAGAUUUCAUUCAUAGUUUGGUUUGAAUCUAAAAAAACAAACAAACAAAAAAUCAGGAAGAAUGUGUCCUUUUCCCCCUUCAUUGGCUUUUAAUAGAUGUCAUUGGAAUGUGAAAUUGAAGUGUGAAAAUAUGAAAAGAUAUUCUUUAAUUCUUACCAGCUGAAUACAUAUUCAAUAUGCUCCCAGACUGUUCUAAAAUCUUGAAAAAUUAGUUGCGUAUGGUGAUUGAAAUGAUUUUGUAAUAAACAUACUUUUAAAAAAUGUGACCCAUUGAUAAAAUACACUUUAUUAAUAUAUGGCUAUGUGAUUUCUUAAUUAUUAAUGAAAUUUUUCAUCAGAUGCAUUUGAAGACAUGUAAAUUAUUUGGCAUAAUAAUUAGUCCCCAAUUCUGACAUUUUAGAGGGCAUGAAAUAUGCCAAACACGUCAUUUGAAGAGCAUCUGUGUGCUAUGUGCUACUUGUAUUUUUUGUUUUCAUGUUGAUAACAUGAAAUUCCUUUAUUUGGAGACCUUAAUUUCUAGGUUCAUUUAAAUUUUAAGAAAUUCAGCACAUAUAUAGUAGUAACCUUAAGAAAAAACAAAAUGAGCAAGGAAAUAUUUGAAGGAAAUUAUAUGUGUAAUAGAUUUCUUUCAGAAAGAAAAUAGGCACAGGAACAGUUUUCUCUUCACAUAUUAUGUUCAUAGAAUAAUAGAAAAGGUUGUGUUAAUAUAGUAUUUGCUAUUACGCAGUAUUUUAAUAUCUGUAUAAGUCUAUUCCAUUAUAUUUGGUGUUUGGUAUAUUUAUUCCUUUAUAGUUAUAAUCAUCAAUAUAUUUCAUUUAAAAGUUCAAACCUAUGUUAAAUGAAUUGUGUUUUUAUAUGGAAUAUAUUUGCCAUGAUGCAGAAUAGUUGGUUAUAUUGUUAUUUCAAGCAAUAAAUCUGAAUUCAUUCUAUUAGUUUAAAUAUUGUAAAAUUCAAAAGUUUAAUUAUAUGUAUAACAUACAAACUGAACACAUUUUCUAUAGCACUUCAUUUAGUUGUGUUAAUUUUUCAAUGUGAUGUGUCUACAGUAGUUUUUAUUUUGCAUUUAUUUUUUCAACAUGUUUACAUUGUAUGAGUUGAGCUUUUUUGCACACAGAUUCUUGCUUGUAGCUGCAUGGCAGGAUUUUUUGUUGUGAUGUAACCACCAUUCUUAUAAAAAAUAUGCUGUGAAUUUGUUUUGCAUCUUUGUCUUCAUUCCACAUGUCCUAUAGUUUGUAUUUUUAUAUGAAGCUAUUUAUAAGGAAUGGUAAUUUAAAAGUCUGUGAU